AUGGGACGAUUACAUACAUUGGAACUAGAAAAUUUUAAAUCGUACAAAGGUAAUCAAAUAGUUGGACCAUUCAAACAAUUUACAGCAAUUAUUGGUCCCAAUGGAUCAGGCAAAUCGAACUUGAUGGAUGCAAUGUGUUUUGUGCUUGGGGAAAAAGCAAGUAAUCUACGAGUAAAGAAGCUACAUGAUCUGAUACAUGGAGCACCAGUAGGCAAAGCAGUAGCAAAUCGUUGCCAUGUGACAAUGAAUUACGAAGAUGACGAUGGAAAUAUGCGUGCCUUUACACGUUUGGUAACCGGCUCUGGUUCAGAAUAUCGAGUCGAUAAUAAGACAGUUACACCACAACAGUACGGUCAUGCAUUGGAAGAAAUAAAUGUAUUCAUGAAGGCAAAAAAUUUUCUUGUGUAUCAAGGACAAGUUGAGCAAGUUGCAAUGAAAAAUCCACGAGAGCUAACGCAAAUGUUUGAAGAAAUUUCACGAUCAUGUGAAUUUCAAGCAGAUUACGACCGCCUGAAGGCAGAAUUAGCAAAAGCGGAAGAGGAAGCAGCAUUUAAUUUAAAUAAGAGACGAGGAAUUGCACUGGAAAAGCGUGAAGCUAAAUUGGAAAAGGAUGAAGCGGAAAAAUAUCAGAUGUUAAAGGAAGAACUGGAAUCGAAGCAACGUCAAGUGUAUCUUCUACAAUUGUUUUAUGCGGAAAAAAUGGCAGACGAAACGACAAACGAUUGGAAGCGUAAAAAAGAAAUAGUAGCCGAGCUGACCGGUAAUAAAUCAGAAUGUGAUGCAGCCGUGACAGCGAAACAACAUGAACAUAAAAAAGUUUUGAAAGAAGUUCACAAACUUGAAAACAAAACAUCUGCAAAGGAGAAGGAAGUGAUGACACAAAAGCCACGUUAUGUCGCUGCUAAACAAGGAGUUGUACACGUGAAAGCAAAGCUUGAAAUGGCUAAUAAAGCACAUUCUAACGCUCAACGAGCAGCUGAAAGCCAUGAAACCAAUGUAGUCACAUUGAAGCAACAACUCAAAGAUGUUGAGCAGAAAAAACAGGAAUGCGAAGCGAAACUUGCUACUGAAUCGCAAGAAUUAGCUAUGCAAUUAAGUGAUGCCCAGGUAAACGAAUAUUAUGGACUGAAGGGUGAAGCAACAAAACGGUGCGGUGUUAUAGAUAUGGAACUUAAUAAAUUGUUACAAGAACAAGAAACUGAAAAGAAUAAUUUGCAGUUUGAACAGAGACGUUUAGCUCAUGCAAACGACCGCGUUAAAAAUAAGGAGCAAGAAAUUGAACGUAUGUCUCGUCAGGGAGAACAACUUGCAGAAAAUAUCGUGUCACAGAAUAAUUUGAUUGAUGAUGAGAAGAAGAAUUUGCAAAAUCUUGAAGUUCAGGUGCGCGAAUCGAAAGAACGUUUGGAAAAGGUAACAACAGAAUUAAAUAAUGUCUCACGGCAGCUGUCAGAGGCACAUGGUGAUACAGCAGAAUCAGAGCGGAACAGGAAACGAAAUGAAACUAUCGAAAAUUUAAAACGUAUCUUUCCGGACCGUGUCUACGGCAGACUGGUUGACCUAUGCCAACCAUCUCAUCGACGAUUUCAGAUUGCUAUUACUAAGGUAUUAGCUAAAAAUAUGAUGUCCAUUGUUUGUGACACAGAUGAAACAGCUCGAGAAAGUAUCAUUUAUUUGAAAGAACAACGACUCGCACCUGAAACUUUCCUUCCAUUAUCAGUCUUGGAUGUUCAUCCAAUUAAAGAAAAAUUGCGAGAACUGACUGAGCCACGAGGCGUAAAGUUGGUUUUUGAUGUUAUACAGUGCAAUAAUCCGGUCGCACGAAAAGCUCUGCAGUUUGCAUGCGGCAACGCACUUGUUUGUGAAACACCCGAAGAUGCAAAAUAUCUAGCUUAUGGAAGUGCAUCGGAUCGAUACAAAGCAGUAGCACUGGAUGGGACACUAUUCGAAAGGAGCGGUAUCAUAUCAGGAGGUGGUCAGGAAUUACGACAGCGAGCCAAAAAAUGGGAUGAAAAUGCUAUUAGGAAAUUGAAAGAGAAUCGAGUGAAAUUGCAAGAUGAACUUCAGCAAUUACAUCGAACACGUAAAAAGGAGCUUGAUGUAGAAAUGAAGCGAAAUCAGUUGAUUCAUCUGGAAAAUCGUCUCAAAAAUACCAGAAAUGAGCAUACAAAAAUAACAACUCAAACACUUAAAAAACUUGAACAAGAUCUCGAAACUCUAAACAGUGAACUUUCACUUAUACAGCCACGAAUAGAUGAAAUUGAACAGAGAAUGGCAGAACGAGUUGUACAAAUUGAAAAAUUACAACAUAAACGAAAUGUCAUAACCGAUGAAGUGUUCCACGAAUUUUGCCAGCGUAUAAAUAUUAAAGAUAUUCGUCAAUAUGAACAGCGUGAAAUGCGUUUUCAUGAAGAAAUGCAGGAUCAGUUGAAGAAAUUUGAUAAUGAAUUGGAUCGUUUACGAAAUGAAUUGGACUAUUUAAAAUCAGAAGAUAAACGAUUAAAAGAGAAGCAAGAAGCGGAAAGAGUAAAACGCUUAACGAAAGAAAUUGAAGGUUUAAAAAAGAAGGAGGAAGAGGAGCAUAUGACACUGAAAAAGUUAGAGGCUGAGUUGGAACAAAUGAAAAUGGCAAUUGUUUCGAAGAAGGCACUGGUUGAAGAUAGCGAUGCUGAAAUAAACGUACUCAAAAAAGCUGCGCAACAAGCUGCUCGUGAAGUAGCUGCAGCAGAGAAAACAGCCGCAGCAUUAGAGCAAACCAUUCUGAGACGACGUCAUCAGCGUCACUCAUUAUUACAUCAAUGUAAAAUGAAUGGUAUUAAAUUGCCACUGCUUCAGGGAUCCCUUGCCGAUAUUGAAAUUGAUGAUACUAUCCCCUCAAGUACAACAGGUGCGAGUGUAAGUGUAAGUGAUUCACAGCAACUCUCACAUGAGCAAAUGGAUCGUGAAGCACAAAUACAAGUGGAUUAUCGAUUGCUUCCAGUUAGUCUCAGAGAGUAUGAUAAUGAUGAGGAAGUGAAAAAAGCACUGGACAAAUUGAACAAAGAAGUUAGUGAUUCACAGGCAAAAAUUUCACGGAUUAGUGCGCCAAAUUUGAAAGCAAAGGAAAGAAUGGAAAUAGUGAAAGAGAAGGAGGCUGAAACAACGGAAGAAUGUGAAUUGGCGAGAAAGAAAGCGCGAAAGAUUCGUCUGUUAUUUGAAAAAGUGAAAACUGAUCGUUACCAUCGAUUUCAUGAAUGCUUUGAACCUGUUUCGCAGAAAAUUGAUGACAUUUACAAGAAACUCAGUCGUAAUGAAAGUGCACAGGCAUUCCUUGGCGAAGAAAAUAUGGAAGAACCAUAUCUUGAAGGUAUUGCAUACAACUGUGUAGCACCUGGUAAACGUUUUCGACCGAUGGAUAAUUUAAGUGGUGGUGAAAAGACUGUUGCAGCAUUAGCAUUACUUUUUGCUAUUCAUGCUCGUAGUCCAUCACCAUUUUUUAUUUUGGAUGAAGUUGAUGCUGCAUUGGAUAAUACUAAUAUUGGCAAGGUUGCAAAUUUUAUUUGUGAACGUGCACGUGUUGACAUGCAACUAAUUGUUAUAUCGUUAAAAGAAGAAUUUUACAAUAAAGCUGAUGCUAUCAUUGGUAUUUAUCCGCAUCCAUCCAGUUAUACCGUCUCCGGAAUGUUAACACUUGAUCUCACACCAUACAAACAACCACAAUCUGAUUCAUACAUUGAAUAG